CCUCAAUUUUGGUUUCCAAUAUAUUUGACGAUUGACUGCUUUGUUGACUACGUUUUAAGUUAAAGAUUGGUCGCUAAACUAUGUCUGCUCCCGCAAUAGCUUCGGCGGCCUUGAAGUCCAGAGUGAGACGGACGAGCUUAUACGACAAAAUUUCAAACCCAGAAGACUUGAUUAAACUGUUCCCCAAUGGAUCGUACAUUGGCUGGUCUGGCUUCACCGGAGUAGGUUACCCGAAGAUGAUCCCAACUAUGCUUGCGGACCAUAUAGAGAAGAAUAACUUGCAGGGCAAGUUGAAGUAUUCGCUUUUCGUGGGCGCAUCAUCGGGGGCAGAGACGGAAAAUCGCUGGGCCGCACUCAAUAUGAUCGAGCGGAGGUCACCCCAUCAAGUCGGGAAGUCCAUUGCGAAAGGCAUCAAUGAGGGACGCAUCGAGUUUUUUGACAAGCACCUGAGCAUGUUCCCUGCAGACCUUGUCUAUGGAUUUUAUACCAAAGACAGGCCGAAGCCUAAGCUCGAUGUUGUAAUCGUUGAGGCUACGGCCAUCACGGAAACCGGGGGCAUUAUCCCAGGUGCUUCUGUCGGAGCUACUCCAGAGUUGAUCCAAAUGGCCGACAAGAUUAUUGUCGAGGUCAACACAUCCAUGCCCUCGUUCGAGGGCCUCCAUGAUAUUACUAUGAUGGACCUCCCGCCGAACCGCAAGCCCUAUCUCAUCAUGGCCCCUGAAGAUCGUAUUGGCACGAAUUACAUCCCAGUUGACUCUGAGAAGAUUGUAGCAAUUGUCGAGUCGAACUAUCAGGACCAGACCCAGCCUAACAACCCCGCCGAUGAAGGCUCGAAAGCGAUUGCUGGUCAUCUCAUAGAGUUCCUGGAGCACGAAGUUAAGUACGGCCGUCUACCAGAAGACCUCCUACCUAUCCAAUCUGGCAUUGGAAACAUUGCCAACGCUGUCAUCGGCGGCCUUGCUGAAUCUAACUUCAAGGACCUGCGCGUCUGGACUGAAGUCCUGCAGGACACCUUCCUCGACCUUUUCGAUUCAGGCAAGCUUGAGUUUGCCACUGCAACCUCAAUCCGCUUCUCCCCUGACGGUUUCAAACGCUUCUAUGAUGGCUGGGAUAACUACUUCGACAAACUCCUUCUCCGCGCCCAGCAAGUCUCCAACUCACCCGAGAUCAUUCGCCGCCUAGGUGUCAUCGGAAUGAACACCCCAGUGGAAGUUGACAUCUAUGCCCACGCCAACUCAACCAACGUUAUGGGCUCGCGAAUGCUGAACGGAAUCGGCGGAUCUGCUGAUUUCUUGCGAAACAGCAAGUACUCCAUUAUGCACACUCCAUCCACCCGUCCCUCCAAGAUCGACCCCCACGGAGUCUCCUGCAUCGUGCCAAUGGCCACCCAUGUUGACCAAACGGAGCACGAUCUGGAUGUCGUGGUUACCGAACAGGGCCUCGCUGAUGUACGAGGACUAAGCCCCAAGGAGAGAUCGAGGGUCAUUGUGAACAAGUGCGCGCAUCCAGAGUAUAGGCCCAUGCUGGAGGACUAUAUUGCCAAGGCGGAAUUCGAGUGCACGAAGAGAGGUUGGCUGCAUGAGCCACACUUGUUGUGGCAGAGCUUUGAUAUGCAUAAGGCUCUUGACCAGGAAGGGUCUAUGAAGAAGCUUAAGGGGUGGAAAUAAAUGAUAUAAUUAGUUGGAGAGAUUGAACGGAGAUUGACUGUAGUUAAUAAUAUAGCGUGA